AUGACCGACCAAACAGUUGCCCUCAUUGCACAGCUGAGCUCUUUGGGUGAGAAGCUCUCUUCGGGUGAGAGUGAUCAAAGCGUACGAAAUGAAGCACUUGGUUUGAGCCGCAGAAUCACGGCGAGCCUCGAACAGCCGCAAAACAUUGCAGUUGACCUGGCAUUUUCUCCCCUCCUAGCUACGGCUGCCAGAAUAGCCGAUGGCCUGGAUCUCUUCAAGCACAUCGCAAGCAACAAGGGGCCCAUCACCUCCCAGAAACUGGCAUCCCUCUCUAAUGGUGAAGAACUUCUGAUCGUUCGAGUCCUAAGGCCCCUCGCAACCAUUGGUUUUAUCAAUGAAGUUGGGGAACAGACAUGGGAGGCUACACCUAUCACAAAAGCUAUGGCCACGGAGGAGGUCGCCUCUGGGCAUCGAAUGGUUGGUGAGAUGAUCAUGGGUGCCGCGCAGAAAGCACCAAACUAUCUACGCGAGGCCGGUUAUCGCUGCCCGACAGAUCCUCGUGAUGGGUUUAUGCAGUAUGCAUUUCAGACGAAAAUGACGACUUUUGAGCUCUUCAGCACGAUCCCGAGAAUCUUCAAAGACUUCAACACCUUCAUGGGAAAUACUAUGGGGGCAAGGAACUAUUGGGUUGACUGGUUCCCAAUUCAUGAACGUCUACUCCAUGGUGCAAAGAGCAACUCAGCUCUGGUCGUGGAUGUAGGCGCUGGCAGGGGCCAUGAUGUGCUGGCAUUCCAUGCCAAGUAUCCAGGUCGAGGGCGUCUCGUUCUCCAAGACCUGCAACCCGUGACUGACAGUCUUGCUGAUCUUGACCCGGCCAUCGAGGUUAUGGCUCAUGACUUCUUCGCUGAACAGCCUGUCAAGGGUGCCCGAUCGUACUUCUAUCACCACAUCUUGCAUGAUUGGUCGGAACAAUAUUGUCUGAAAAUACUGGAGCAGGUCAAAAAGGCCAUGACGCCAGGAUAUUCCAAGCUCCUUAUUCACGAUUUAAUCGUCCCAGAGCAAGGAGCCGACAAGUUCACCGCCGUAUUUGAUCUAGUCAUGAUGGCUUUCAACGCUGGGAUGGAGAGGACCGAGACUCAGUGGAGGGAGCUACUCGACAAGGCCGGUUUUGAGGUGAUCAAGGCAUGGCCACCCCCAGAGGCGGGUGCAGACGGCAUCAUCGAAGCUAUGCUUAAGGAAUGAGAGAUUUUUGUAUGCAUAGCACCCUGCAAAUCCAUUCUAUUUGGGAGGGUAUAUAGAUCAGCCAUCAACUUCCGGAUUCCUCCGGUCCACCAUCAACGUUGCUUUCACC